GGGGUAAGACUGUCCAUAUAGCCACUUUGAUGAAAGAUAAUGGUGUAGUAUAUGCUUUGGAGAAGUCUUCGAGGAAAAUAAGCAAGAUCAAAGAUAAUGUGGACCGAUUCGGUUUGACUUGUGUCAAGAUAUUUGCUUUUGAUAGCACCAAGGCUUGUGAUGACAAUUGUGGUCCUGAAGUUGGCCAUGAUAAGCCGCCAUUUCCUCCUGGAUCUUUUGAUCGAAUCCUUCUUGAUACACCUUGCAGUGCUUUAGGUCAGCGACCAAUACUACAUAGCAAAUUCACCCUUCAAGAACUCAAGUCUUAUCCAACUUAUCAGCGUAAACUAUUCAGCGUG